AAGUUGUCACAAAAAAAAAACAUUCAUAAAUUUCGUCUUAACUUGACAGCAUUGCAUCAGUUUGCUAGAUAAAUUGAAUAUUUCGUGUUGUUUUCAUCUAAAAUUGAACGUAUGCGUCACCAGCGUUCUGGCGAAAUUGUGAAAUUAGUCAAAGCAAUUUGGUUCAACGGUUUCAUGAGUUAAGCCGCUGUAGACAUUGUGUGGUCUAUAAGUGCGUGUGUAAGGGAGUUCACAUACCGUCAUAGUUCAAAUGCCGUCUGUGCUUUGUAUGUAAAUGAAUUUACCAGAGCCGACUCAUUUCGCAUUCAGAAGAAGUGCUCUUUACGUCUUGAACAACAACAACAACAGAUAGCAACAGUAACUGCGCAGCCGCAUCCCCUCCAAAAUAAUGCUUAUCUUAGAGUAAAAGGCUGGUGUUAUUCGAACAAAAACUUUUCAGAGUGAAUAUUAUUCAUUGUAGUGAGAUAGAAAACAGUCCAAAGCUGUCAAUAGCUGACAAAAGUGCAGAAAUAAAAAUACUUAGUUUGACUUUGUAAUUUCGUUCAUUUGACAAAUUCACUUUCAUUUCGUUUACAAAUACUAUUUACAACUAUUCGAAACAAAUCAACGAUAAAAAAAAGAACUGAUUUAUAUUCUACACGUAUUACAGUUAUUAGACUUUUGAAAAAGUCAACAAGUGUUGAAACAAGUGAAUCGAAGAAAAAAAAACCUAGAAAACCAACAAAACAAGAUAAGAUAAAAAUGCCACCACCACAGUGGUCCAAUACUGGCGCAACGUCAGCCAGAUACAUAACAGAUGAUCAAUUGGCGCCGUUCGUCAAAGAUUUUUUGCCUACCUCACAAGUGGAGCUGACACUGAGCUGCCGAAAUUUGAUUAACGCUGACAUCAUUAGCAAAUCGGAUCCAUUCUGUAUAAUUUGGAUGAAAGAACCAUGGCAGGAUCAGUAUUAUGAAGUUACACGCACCGAGACUAUUGACGACAAUCUCAAUCCACAAUGGGUAAAAAAAGUGAUUUUGAACUACAACUUUGAGACGAUCCAAAAAAUUCAGUUUGAAGUUCGUGACGAGGAUUUGAAGGGAUCUGAUUUCUUGGGACGAUUCGAAACAACUUUGAGCGAUUUGGUAUCGCACAACAGCCGUCAAUUCGUUGGAAAACUCAGUGGCAUACCGAAUCGAAAUUGUGGCGAAAUCGUUGUGGUUACCGAAGAAGUAACAGCAUGUAAACAAAUCAUUGAAGUUCAAUUCAGUGCACAAGAUAUAGCCAGAACUGGGUGGUUGUGUUUGGGAUUGUGCAGUAAUGACCCUUUUUUGGUCAUAUCACGUUCGAAUGAAGAUGGAUCAUAUUCAGUAGUUGCUAAAACCGCGCCAGUUCUAUCAACACAACAUCCAACCUGGAGACCAAUCACAAUUAAAGCAACGACACUAUGCAAUGGUGAUCCAGACCGAACCAUCAAGCUCGAUGUUUACGACCAUAGAAACAAUGGAAGUCAUAAAUUGAUUGGAACGUGCCAUUCAUCGCUUAGCCGCUUGAAUUCACCACACGAACCGCCCAUGAACUUGGUGGACGACGAAAAACGCAAGAAUAAUCCCAACAAUUGUACCGUUGGCGUAUUGAGAGUUGACAAAAUCAACAUAACCGAAGAUGUGACAUUUUUGGAAUACAUCAGAAACGGGACACAAAUGCACUUUGCCGUGGCUAUUGAUUUUACAGCGUCCAAUGGAGUCUAUACCGACCCAAGAUCACUUCAUUAUUUGAGCGGAAACCGCUUGAAUCCAUACGAAGUCGCACUCAGAAGCGUCGGCGAGAUUAUUCAAAACUACGAUGAAUCACAACUAUUCCCGGCAUUUGGCUUUGGCGCGAAAUUGCCUCCAACUGGCCAGGUGUUCCAUCAAUUUCCAUUGAAUGACAACCCAUCACAUCCGUAUUGUUCCGGCGUUGAAGAGAUUCUCAAUCAUUACCGUAUUCGAGUGAAAAGUGUAACACUUUAUGGGCCAACAAAUUUUGCUCCGGUGAUAAACAACACAAUUUCCAUUGCUAGUCAAUUCCAAGAUGGUCGACAUUACUUUGUCUUACUCAUCAUAACCGACGGCAUCAUUUCUGAUAUGCAUUUGACAAAGCGUGCAGUCAUUGAGGCAUCUUCACUUCCAAUUUCGAUCAUCAUAGUGGGUGUCGGUGAUGCCGAUUUCGAUGCAAUGGACGAAUUAGACUCAGACGACGUUCGCUUAACUGUGGAUGGUCGCUAUGCCGAAAGGGAUAUCGUACAAUUUGUACCGCUAAAUAAAUUCAUGUCCAAAACUGGAUCAUUCAUCAAGUCACAAACCGACCUUGCAAAGGAAGUUUUAGCUGAAAUUCCUGAACAAUUGACGUCUUUCAUGAAAUCACGAGGAAUUCGACCACAAAUUCAAUCACAGAGUGUGCCACAAAAUACAUCAUCCGUUUAUCCAACUGCACCCAUUUCAUAAUAUACUUAAGAGCAUUCACCUUUUAAUGAUUACCUCAUUUUGUUCCGAAAAAAAUGGACGAAGAAUAAUUGUAUUCAGAAAGAAAAAUCAUCAACAUUUUUACACUCAAUACUGCCUAUUCAGUGUUUUGAAUCACUUUUUUUGCUUUUUAACGCAAUUGCACAUUUACAAUUGCAACAAUUUUAUUAAAGUUAGUAUGUUUAACACACAUACGUGAAAUGUCUAUCUAAAACAAUCUUCUGAAUAUUAAUAACAUUAAAGGAUAUCGCGGGUGGAUUAAAUAUUUAUUUAAUAUUGAGAUUCUCGAAGGCGAUAAAAGAAUAUAGUACAAAUAAGUUUUCUCUUGAAAUGAUAUUUGUACGCCUAAGUUUUACCACAAGUCAUAUGUGUAAUGUUUUCCAUCUCACGUCCACCAAACGGGCAACUAAAUACAGUAAAAAAUAAAGACAAAGAGCAAAAAUAAAA